GUGAUUGCCCUUGUGAUGGAUUCCUUCACAGAUAUCGAUAUCUUCAGUGACCUUCAGGAUGCCUAUAACAACCGCAAAGUCCCUGUGUACAUCCUUCUGGACCAGGACUUUCUACCUCAUUUCUUGGAAAUGUGCAACAAUUUGGGAGUUUGUCCUGAACAGGAAAGUCUGAUGAGAGUUCGAACACUCACAGGGAACACGUAUUACAUGAGAUCAGGUGCCAAGAUUGUCGGGAAAGCCAAGGAGAAGUUCAUGUUAAUUGAUGGCAUUAGAGUGACAACAGGCUCCUACAGUUUCACAUGGUCUGAUGGGAAACUGAACAGCAGUAACUUGCUGGUGUUGUCAGGUCAAGUGGUUGAAAACUUUGACCUCCAAUUCAGGAUUCUGUAUGCCCAGUCGCUGCCCAUCAGCCCUCAGUGCCCAUCCAGGAACAGUGGCAUGUUUGAUCACCUGGUGAACAGAACAGAGUCCUCCAAAGAAUAUACUGUGGAAGGCAACUUGAGAGCAGAAUUUGCCAGACUGUCUAGCACUCCAAAGAAAUUGUUGGAAGAACUAGAUCAGGCUGAAGAUAUUCCUGGGGGGAAACCUUGUAACCUGGGGCAUUCGUUCCUCUGUGAAGAGGAGUCAUUCAGCAAUCAGCUGGUCAUAGUGGAACGGAAAAUGACACAGACAAAGGAAGAGGGGGGCACAGAAACACCCCUGCUUCACAGAAAGUGGUCACAAGAAGAAUCUUCUCUGCCUGGAAAAGCUGUAUCAAGCUCUAGUCUGCGAUCAGUGUCUUCAUCAUCAUCCCAGUGCUCUAUUGCAAGCUCCACAGGCUCACUGUCUUCUAUCCGGUCCUUUGAAUAUUCUAGCAGUCACAGGGCACAAUAUUUCCAAAAACUGCAUAAAGAGAGGCAAUUCCACUACUCCACUAUCAGGUCAAAGCUUAACCACAUGGUGGAUAUCCUAUCCUGGAGGGGCCGUGUGCCUGGAAGCUACAUGACCCAGUACACUGGCAGAUGCAAUCUAAAGCAGAGGAGGGACAUCAGUGCCAGCCUGCGCAGCCUCCGGGAUGUCUCUCUCAUGUCUCUCCAUAAAUGA